GUUCUACGAUCGCGAGGAUCUACUUCCAUUCUACGGGCCUCGUUAAUCACUACCUCUGGGUGAGUUUUACGCGCAAACAUAAAUUUCGUGAAAGAGACAUUAAUUUUGCGUGAGUUAUCGAUCCUUCGUGGUGUUUAUAAGAGAAAAAAAAUUGUUGAAACUUGUGACUUUUGUACGGAAGUGUCUUUUGAUUUUAUUUAAAUAUUGUGGUAGCUCGAAAGGGACGAGCCUCCUGAAGAUGACGUCGAUUCUGCUUGCGUACGCUACUUUUAUUGCGUUUUCGUGCGUAGCGCAGGCGAUUUCGUCGUCCUGGAGGCCGAUUCUACCGCCCCAUAAUGUCGGCGCGAGUAUAUUGCAUCAGGAAGCAUCGAUUUUCGAAAAUACGCAGACGCUCUACGACGUGGACAGUUCUCACCUGCUGCUACCGCAUGAGCAAGAGAAAUGCUCCCUUUACAAAGUCGCCAUGACCCAGCAGUUGUAUUUUGAGUACAUCCAUUACAAGACAGAUUUACCCAACAUGAAGGAAUUCACCCUUUGCAUGUGGACGAAAUUUCACAAUCACUCCAACGACCAUCCUUUGUUCUCUUACGCAGUUGGUGAUCAACCACGAGGAAUACUGUCGUGGGUCGCAAACACACCGAGAAGUUCGUACUACAUGCUCAACGUCAACGGUCACAACUUGUACAGAUUGAAUUAUCCGUUGAGACUUAACAAGUGGUACCACUCCUGCCAGAGCUGGAACGGUCGUACCGGGGAAUGGCAGAUCUGGGUCAACGACGAGCGCGUAGGUCGCGGGUUCAACAACAGGCUGGUUGGGCAUGUUAUCAAAGGCGGCGGAAUUGCCAUUUCCGGACAAGAGCAACGACAACUGGGCGGUGGUUUUUUAGAGGGUGAAGGCGCGCCACCGGGUUCCGGCGGUUACUUGGGAGAACUGACAAUGGUACAGCUCUAUAAUGUAGCUCUGACCGCGGGAAAAGCGCACAAGGAUCACAAGCACCAUCACGCCCAUCAUUACGAACAUGAUACGAGUAAUAACACUCCGAGAACUACCACGCAAGCACCUGUAACCGGACCACCUUUGCCACCGCAUCCCUUCCUCACCGGAGGACAAAUCAAUACACAAGUAAAGAUCAAUCCAGGAGCGUCGAUUCAGAUCGUACAAAACGGCCUAACCAUUCGUCAUCCAGCAUUACCACCGGCACCGGAAUCGCCCCCGCAGCCGCUUCCGCCCUUGAAUCUCGAUGUUUUCUCGACAGCCUUCCCUCCCUCACCGACACAAUUCAUUAAUCCGUCACAGUCACCGAUCUUUGCAGACGGACCCUAUCGUAAUCUCUUCAAGAGAGAGAGGAACGACUCGAAGAAGAGAAACAUUAAGGACGAAACGGUAAUAUCGAGUUUGACCGAACCGAAGAAAUCGAUUGCAAAAAGGGAUACCGAUAAAACUUGGGAAGCUGAUAGUUCCGGUGCCAAGGUAUCCUUCGUGCCAAAGUUAGAAGUCGCGGAUGAUAAGAAACUAAGAAAACGCGAAAUCGAGAAGAAGAAGAAGCGAGGAUUGUUGCAGCUGAGCGACGGAUCAAUCUUCGACGACGGAUACUCUAUUCCUCAGGGUCUGGACAACGACUACUUCACGGGAUUAACAAGUUUCGGGCUGCAAUUGACAAAGGAUACGGACGAAGAGGACGAACGCGAACCCGCUGAAGGCGAGGUCAGACAAGUGAUGGACAUUUGCGACGGCUGCGCCGAGGAACCAUUCGCGAAAGCGUUGGUCAUAGGUUGGAGAACGGUGCCCAAGAAGCUUUAUUCCGGAGCGUUUUACAUGCCAGCCGUACCUGCGUGUAAAGUCUUCUAAACCUCUUCAUCGAUGAUAAGUGCGCAAAAUGACAUUUUAGAACGUUUCGCGUGAAUUCUCAGGGGAGCGUCCGCGAAAGACUGCGCUGAUAACGAUAGCGCUUUGUUAAACGGUCGAUGAAGGACGACGAAACAUUCCCAGGUAUCCCACGCCAUGUUUAGAUUGCCGAGUAUCUUUAGUCGUUACGGGCAAAGAUAUUUGUCCCCCGAGUCUUCUGAUUUUUUCAUUGUUCAUUAAUUUUUUAUUUUCACGUAUAUAUAUCAUUCUUUGAUAAUGUAUCGUUAUUUUUUUCUAUAUUAUAUUAUGUUCAUUGGCAUUUGCAAACAUUUCAAAAUGCCGAGAACAUUGCCAUGAAAAAACUUGUGCGUGACAAUAUAUCUUGCCAAUAUUUAUUUGCAAUUUCUAUCAUUCUAUUUCAAUUAACUAUAUAUGUUUAAAACUAACAGUAUAAAGAUUUCACAAGUAUUAUGAUGAAUUUUGGAUCAAUUG